AGCAAAGAUAAAAGAYCGACUUCGAAGAAAAUGUGAAGAAUUUGGAGGUCUUUCCUUCACUUUUCUUCAAAAUGGGAAGGUCUUCAAAAGACAAACGCGACAUAUACUACCGCCUUGCCAAAGAAGAAGGSUGGAGGGCCCGAAGUGCGUUCAAACUUUUGCAUUUGAAUGAAGAUUUUGAGCUGUUUUCUGGGGUGAAUCGUGUGGUUGAUUUGUGUGCAGCACCAGGCAGUUGGAGCCAAGUUUUGAGUCGUAAGUUGAUUGAGGAAAGAACUGAGGGAAACGAAGAUGUGAAGAUUGUUGCUGUGGAUUUACAAGCUAUGGCGCCUUUGCCUGGCGUUAUACAAAUCCAGGGAGACAUAACAAAGGCAUCCACAGCCACACAAAUUAUUUYACAUUUCGAAGGAGAGCAUGCAGAUCUUGUGGUAUGUGAUGGUGCGCCUGACGUGACAGGUUUACAUGACAUUGAUGAAUACAUCCAAGGUCAACUUCUCCUUGCGGCACUUAACAUAACCACUCAUGUCCUAAAAAAGGGUGGUAACUUUGUUGCCAAGAUUUUCAGAGGAAAGGAUGUAUCUCUUCUGUACUCCCAGCUCAAGAUUUUCUUCCCUACUGUUACAAUUUGUAAACCAAGAAGUAGUAGGAACUCCAGUAUCGAGAGUUUUGUGGUGUGUCAAAAUUACUCUCCUCCUGAAGGGUACAAGCCAACGAUGUCUAAUCCUCUUCUGGACUGUCACCAGAACCCUGAUUUUCAAAGUUUGGAAGGCGUGAAUCGAGUUGUGGUGCCUUUCCUGGCCUGUGGUGACCUGAGUGCGUACGACUCGGACCAAACAUACCUUUUGGAAGCAAAGGAAAAUGGAGAGUACAAGUCCCUUCCUCCCACCCAAGCACCUAUAGACCCUCCUUACAAAACUGCUUGUUAUCUGAAGAAAAAUAGUAUGCUGGCUACACAGGAUAAUAGUGAUGGAAGUCAAUCUGGGUCUAAAGAAAGCUAGGAAACAGUUCUCUGGUCUUGGUCUUAAUCUAUUCUUUCCAAAGUUGCCAUUGCCUUCACUACCAGCACCAACAGACCCUCCUUAUAAAACAGCCUUGCUAGCAACCCUGGUUGAUGACGAUAUAGAAGUGCACCCACUUCCACAGGAAGCUAGCAAAUGGGAAACUAGUUUUCUGACUUGCUGUCUAUUAUCCUAUGAGAAUCAACCCCAAACAGUAUUUAGGUAUUCUUGUACUUCAUGACCAGCCGACAAGUGCCGGUCAACUGUUGGUGGAUAGUCGACCGACUUUUGACCAACACUUGACCGUCACUUGACCGUCACUUGACCGUCACUUCACUUGACCGUCACUUCACUUGACCAUUACUUCGUAAUGGAGUUAGAAUGUUAUGAAAGACAAAAUGAUUUGAGAAGCUAGUAUAUGUAAAUGGAAAACUGGAUUUCUGACAUGCCAUCUAUUCUCUACUCUUGUCUAUGGCUAUGACAACCAACAGCAAACAGCAUCUACUUCAUUCUUGGAGGUAGAAAGUUAGGAAGGGAAAGUUGAGACAAGAAGCUGGUAAACAAAUUGGAGGUUCUGAUAUCCAACUUGAUGUUUGUUUUACGAAAUAGGAUGCUAGUAAUGUAACUCAGCUACACUUGUAGUUUAAAGCAAGUGAUUUUAUCAAGGCAGACAAGUAAGUACAUAAUAGAAAAUUUCUAAUAAGCAAGAGUAAUGAAUGAGAGGAGAUAUGCUAGUUUGGUAGUGGAGAUUGGAUAGAAAUUUAUCCAGAAAAUGAGACCAGAAACUCAUACCUAACAUAAAUAUGUAAGUGGUGUAAAUCAACUGAUAAUAUUCAGAUAUCUUCAUCUAUUCAUAUAUCUUAAUCUCAGUCCUACACAACAGGAUUUUUCCUUUCACUUAUUUUUUCUUUUAGAAAUCAUUUUAGUAUUCAUCCAAAGGUUGAAAAAAUGUAAAAAUAUCAAAGGAAAUAGGCAUAGUUCUGGAAAUAUCCCUAUCUGCUCCCUAAAUUGAAGAGGGAAAUGAGGGAUAGACCUCUUUACCUUGGGUGUAWCGUUUUCCCUAUUUCAGACCACCUGCCAUUUUCUUGAGAAUAAAAUUCUUCAAUUGAGUUGUAUCCACAUUCAUGUCUUCUCAUGUGCAACCAUUAAACAAAGAAAUGAUACUCUAGGGAAUGACACACAGCCUGGGAUUGGAAAACAUUAUGCCCAAGCUAAUUUGGUCUAUCUAAUAUACAAGAGUUGAAAGACUAGAUGGUCAGGGAAAAAAAUUAAUUAGCUUAUCAGGGCAUAUUCUGUUUAAGCUGCAAUUAAACACUUUGCUUUGUCAAGAAA